UGGUGGCUGGCAUAGAUUUAUUUUUCUUAAUCUCCCAGUGGUGACUGAGACCACUAAAUUAGUGAGGUUGCUGGCAUUUUCAAGAGUAUUAUUUGAGUAAGGCAGAACAUCUUAAAAGAGCUUGGGUUUGUGUCUUUCAGGUGAGACUUCAAAUCUUGGCUGUUACCGCUUCUUUUCCAUGAGCCUCAGUUUUCUCAUCUGUAACAUGGUCCUAAUGACACUACUGACCUUAUUCUUGGAGCACAGUGACACUCAUUUGAUACUAUUUUUAAAGCAUCUCCUAUGUGUCCCUGGCACAUAGUAGGCAUUCUGAACAUGCUUGCCAUUAUUGUUGUUUGCUAGGACACUGGAAAGUCAAGUGAUUUGUUCUAAAACUGGGUUGGGUUUUCAUGUUCAGAAGAGGCUAGGACAGGGUGAUGGUGAUCCUGGAAUGCCUGGCUUGCUGUGUUCACUCAUCCAAUUCCAGAAUCAGGCCAAAGUUCUGUGGCCAUUCAAAGCUUCAGGGCAAACUGUGUCUGGGUUAAGGGAACAAUAGAGAGGUAAUUGCAGCCAUCAAAUGUAGUGUGAAGCUUAAAUCUAGUUUGCAUCAUUUCACAGCAAAUGUACCUGACAUAUGAAACCUUUUCAUCUAGUUUUCCUGAGGUUUGCUAGAGAGAGAUGGUUUUAUAGCGAUUACAUUAAACCAGCACUUGGUAAUAGCAACCCCUGACACAGGUGGGCUAACAGCUUCAGAAAGCCCCUUUCUCUAUUAAAGAAUAAUGGAUCUGAACUGGGGAUUUCCCUACCCCAACUCUUUCCAGUAGUAUAGGAUAGGAGCAUUAGCUAGAUUGAUGAUUGUGUGUAUUUUUGCAUUAAAAGUCAGGUUUGAAAAUAACUUCUGAAUUGAUAACUGCGUGUUUGGAUUUUCGUUAAAGCUAUAUUAUGAUUGAAACCUUUUUCACAGUUUGAAAUCACAAGUCCACACAUUUCACUCUGUAUUAGUUAAAAUACUGUAAGCCCAUUUCAGUAACCUAAUUGAAUGCUAUGUCUGAUUCAUGGUAAUGAUAAGUUGGAGUUCUCAGGUAGUGACCACUCUAUUCUGAGUAAAUCAAACAGCAAGCUCCCCUCUCUGUGAUUGCAGUCAGCUUGUUUGACAGCCCACUCUGUGUGUGUGUGUGUGUGUGUGUGUGUGUGUGUGUGUGUGUGUGUGUGUACACAUAACUCAUUCUUUGGAAUUCUCCCAUGGAAAAGCAAAGGAAGGAAGCUGAGGGGAGGAUGGGGCGAUUGCAUCCUGUACCCUUUGCAGGGGUGUGGCCACGACUGCCUCAGCCGAAGGGACGUGAUACAUUGUUUUUUCACUUAGGAUGCCUGGAUAGUGAUAAGUCUUGAUGAAAGGCAGGAGUGGCUUUUAUUGUCAUUCAUACUGGACAGGAGCCUCUUGCUAGAGGCCUGCCGGAAUCCUAUCUAGUAUUUUAUUUCUAGAACUUUGCAGGGAGAGGAAGAGAAGCAGGAGCAUCAGUGAAGUGAACCUGCAGAGCUUUCAAAGCCACCUUAGAACUCCAGACCCACCUUGACUUCGGUUCAGCUCUGGCUGCUCCUAUGAAUGAAACUGCCAAGUGGGUUGGCCAGGUGUUUGAUUUUCAGGAGAAUGCCAUGUUUCUUCUUGCUGCUUCCUAAGUCUCAUUUGAAUGAUGGAUUUUACCCUGGCAGAGAGAAACUCUUUGGGAUCAUAUGAGAUGAGAAUUCUCCAGCCAACUUCUGGGAUUCUAAAAACAGGGGUGUGACUGGAACACAAAAAGGGCAAAUUGUAUGGAGAAUUGAGCCUGGGCCCUAUUUCAUGGAACCAGAGAUAAAGAUCUGUUUUAAAUAUUACCACGGCAUUAGUGGGGCCCUGCGAGCCACAACCCCCUGCAUCACCGUGAAGAACCCGGCUGUGAUGAUGGGGGCAGAAGGCAUGGAGGGAGGUGCUUCAGGAAACCUGCAUUCUCGGAAACUUGUUAGCUUUACACUGUCAGAUCUUAGGGCAGUUGGGCUAAAGAAAGGGAUGUUCUUCAAUCCUGACCCCUAUCUUAAGAUGUCAAUUCAGCCAGGGAAGAAGAGCAGUUUCCCCACCUGUGCCCACCACGGGCAGGAGAGACGGUCUACUAUCAUCAGUAACACCACUAAUCCAAUUUGGCACCGAGAGAAAUAUUCCUUUUUUGCACUUCUUACUGAUGUCUUAGAAAUUGAAAUUAAAGACAAAUUUGCCAAGAGCCGUCCCAUCAUCAAGCGUUUUCUGGGGAAACUAACCAUUCCAGUCCAGAGGCUGCUGGAGCGACAAGCCAUUGGUGAUCAAAUGCUCAGCUACAACCUUGGCAGAAGGCUCCCAGCUGACCACGUGAGUGGGUACCUCCAAUUUAAGGUGGAGGUUACAUCUUCUGUUCAUGAAGAUGCCUCUCCAGAAGCUGUUGGCACAAUACUUGGAGUCAAUUCUGUGAAUGGAGACUUAGGUAGCCCUUCUGAUGAUGAGGACAUGCCAGGGAGCCAUCAUGACAGCCAGGUGUGCACUAAUGGGCCAGUUUCUGAGGACAGCGUUGCCGAUGGGACCCCCAAGCAUUCAUUCAGGACUAGCUCCACUCUGGAAAUAGACACAGAGGAAUUAACCUCUACUUCUUCAAGGACCUCACCUCCCAGAGGACGUCAGGAUUCACUCAAUGAUUACUUAGAUGCUGUCGAACACAAUGGCCACUCCAGGCCAGGGACAGCCACCUGCUCUGAGAGGUCCAUGGGUGCCUCUCCGAAACUGAGGAGUAGUUUCCCCACCGACACAAGACUCAAUGCCAUGCUUCAUAUUGACUCAGAUGAAGAAGAUCAUGAGUUCCAGCAAGACCUGGGUUACCCGUCUUCCCUGGAGGAGGAGGGAGGCCUGAUCAUGUUUAGCAGGGCAUCCAGAGCUGAUGAUGGAAGCCUGACAUCUCAGACAAAGCCAGAGGACAACCCCAUUGAGAAUGAGGAAGGCUCCUCACACGAAGCCACUUCCUUUGAGGAUAAGCCAGAAAAUCUUCCAGAGCUUGCAGAGAGCUCCUUACCUGCAGGCCCAGUCCCAGAGGAAGGUGAAGGCGGCCCAGAGUCUCAACCCAGUGCUGACCAGGGCAGUGCUGAAUUGUGUGGCUCUCAAGAGGCAGAUCAGCCCACAAGUGGGGCAGACACGGGGACUUCUGAUGCAUCGGGAGGAAGCCGAAGAGCUGUCAGUGAGACCGAGUCUCUCGAUCAGGGCUCUGAGCCUUCCCAGGUGUCCUCUGAAACAGAACCCAGUGAUCCUGCCAGGACAGAGAGUGUGAGCGAAGCCAGCACCAGGCCCGAGGGAGAGAGUGACCUGGAAUGUGCUGACAGCUCCUGCAAUGAGAGUGUGACCACGCAGCUGUCCUCUGUGGAGACGCGGUGCUCCUCUCUUGAGAGCGCAAGGUUUCCUGAAACCCCAGCCUUUUCUUCUCAGGAGGAGGAAGAUGGAGCCUGUGUGGCAGAGCCCACCAGCAGCGGCCCUGCUGAAGGGUCGCAGGAUUCUGUGUGCACUCCUGGUUCUUUACCUGUGGUACAGGUGCCCAGUGGGGAGGAGGAGGGGCCAGGGGCAGAAUCGGCCACAGUACCUGACCAGGAGGAGCUGGGGGAGGUCUGGCAGCGGAGGGGGAGCCUGGAGGGAGCCACAGCUGCUGCUGAGAGCCCACCCCAAGAAGAGGGCAGUGCUGGGGAGGCCCAAGGCACCUGUGAAGGGGCGACUGCCCAGGAGGAUGGCGCUACUGGAGGUUCUCAAGCCAACGGCCACCAGCCACUGCGAUCACUACCUUCAGUGCGCCAGGAUGUUAGCCGCUACCAGAGAGUGGACGAGGCUCUCCCCCCAAACUGGGAGGCACGCAUUGACAGCCACGGCAGGAUCUUCUACGUGGAUCACGUAAACAGAACCACGACGUGGCAGCGACCGACGGCUCCCCCAGCCCCUCAGGUGCUGCAGAGAUCUAACUCCAUACAGCAAAUGGAGCAGCUGAACCGGCGAUAUCAGAGUAUCCGCAGAACCAUGACCAAUGAGAGGCCUGAGGAAAAUACUAAUGCUAUUGAUGGGGCAGGGGAGGAAGCUGACUUUCACCAAGCCAGUGCAGAUUUCCGACGGGAGAACAUCCUGCCUCACUCUACCUCCAGAUCCAGGCUCACGUUGCUGUUACAGUCUCCCCCCGUGAAGUUCCUCAUCAGCCCAGAGUUCUUCACCGUGCUGCAUUCUAACCCUAGUGCCUAUCGCAUGUUUACAAACAACACAUGUUUGAAGCACAUGAUCACCAAAGUCCGGCGGGACACCCACCACUUUGAACGCUACCAGCAUAACCGGGACCUUGUGGGAUUCCUCAACAUGUUCGCGAACAAACAGCUAGAGCUGCCGCGGGGAUGGGAAAUGAAACACGAUCACCAGGGCAAGGCUUUCUUUGUGGACCACAACUCCCGCACCACCACUUUCAUUGACCCCCGGCUCCCCCUGCAGAGCAGUAGACCCACGAGUGCACUGGUUCAUCGGCAACACCUAACAAGGCAACGCAGCCACAGUGCGGGCGAGGUAGGAGAAGAUUCUCGACAUGCAGGACCACCAGUUCUUCCCAGGCCAUCCAGUACAUUCAAUACAGUCAGUAGGCCACAGUACCAGGACAUGGUUCCAGUGGCUUACAAUGACAAGAUUGUUGCAUUUCUACGUCAACCCAAUAUCUUUGAAAUUCUACAGGAGCGUCAACCUGAUCUUACCAGGAAUCACUCACUCAGGGAGAAGAUCCAAUUUAUCCGAACUGAAGGGACUCCAGGAUUGGUGCGCCUUUCAAGCGAUGCAGACCUGGUUAUGUUGCUGAGCUUAUUUGAAGAAGAGAUAAUGUCAUAUGUGCCUCCACAUGCCUUACUCCACCCCAGCUACUGUCAGUCCCCACGUGGCUCUCCCGUGUCAUCUCCUCAGAACUCGCCAGGUACCCAGCGUGCCAAUGCCCGGGCCCCAGCCCCUUACAAACGGGAUUUUGAAGCCAAACUGAGGAAUUUUUACAGGAAGUUAGAGACUAAAGGAUAUGGACAAGGCCCAGGGAAGUUAAAGUUAAUUAUCCGAAGAGAUCACUUACUAGAAGAUGCUUUUAAUCAGAUUAUGGGUUAUUCCAGAAAAGACCUGCAGAGAAAUAAGCUAUAUGUCACCUUUGUCGGGGAGGAAGGGCUGGAUUACAGCGGACCUUCUAGAGAGUUUUUCUUCCUGGUAUCCAGAGAACUCUUUAACCCAUAUUAUGGCUUAUUUGAAUAUUCAGCCAAUGACACAUACACAGUACAAAUAAGUCCUAUGUCUGCUUUUGUAGACAAUCACCAUGAAUGGUUCCGGUUCAGUGGUAGGAUCCUUGGUCUUGCACUAAUACACCAGUAUUUGUUGGAUGCCUUCUUCACACGGCCCUUUUAUAAGGCUCUUCUCAGAAUUUUGUGUGACCUGAGUGAUCUAGAAUACCUUGAUGAAGAGUUCCAUCAGAGCCUGCAGUGGAUGAAAGAUAAUGAUAUCCAUGAUAUCCUGGACCUCACGUUCACUGUGAACGAAGAAGUAUUUGGGCAGAUAACUGAACGAGAAUUAAAACCAGGGGGUGCCAAUAUUCCAGUUACAGAGAAGAACAAGAAGGAGUACAUCGAGAGGAUGGUGAAGUGGAGGAUUGAGAGGGGUGUUGUACAACAAACAGAGAGUUUAGUGCGUGGCUUCUAUGAGGUGGUGGAUGCCAGGCUGGUAUCUGUUUUUGAUGCAAGAGAACUGGAAUUGGUCAUCGCAGGCACAGCUGAAAUAGACCUAAGUGAUUGGAGAAACAACACAGAAUAUAGAGGAGGAUACCAUGACAAUCAUAUUGUAAUUCGGUGGUUCUGGGCUGCAGUGGAAAGAUUCAACAAUGAACAACGACUAAGGUUGUUACAGUUUGUUACAGGCACAUCCAGUAUUCCCUACGAAGGAUUUGCUUCUCUCCGAGGGAGUAACGGCCCAAGAAGAUUCUGUGUGGAGAAAUGGGGGAAAAUCACUGCUCUUCCCAGAGCACAUACGUGUUUUAACCGUCUGGAUCUGCCCCCCUACCCAUCCUUUUCCAUGCUUUAUGAAAAACUGUUGACAGCAGUUGAAGAGACCAGUACUUUUGGACUUGAGUGACCUGGAAGCAGAAUUCCCAUCUCUGUGGAUAGGCAGUUUCAGAAGCUGCCUUCUAGAAGAAUGACUGAACAUUGGAAGUUUCAAGUGGUUGCUUUCUUUAGGAUAAAGCUGCGUGCUGUUAUUUUCCAGGAACAAGUGCUCUGUCACAUUUGAGGACUGGAGAUGAGUCCUCUUGGAAGGAUUUGGGUGAGCUUGAUGCCCAGGGAACAACCCAACCGUCUUUCAAUCAACAGUUCUUGACUGCCAAACUUUUUCCAUUUGUUAUGUUCCAAGACAAAGGUGAACCCGUACGUGAUCAGCUCCACGGUAAUUUUUAGGGACUCAGGAGAAUCUAGAAACUUUCAAACGUGGUUCAAGCCAAACUGGCAGCACUUGGCCCAAUCUCCAAAUUAGUGCAAGUUAAAUAAUAUAAUAAAAGUAAAUAUAUUUCCUGAAAGUACAUUCAUUUAAGCCCUAAGUUAUAACAGAAUAUUCAUUUCUUGCUUAUGAGUGCCUGCAUGGUGUGCACCAUAGGUUUCUGUUUUCAUGGGACAUGAGUGAAAACGAAACCAAGUUAAUAUGAGGUAACUUUACAGAUCUGCAAUAAGAUGGUCUUUGACAAUGUAUAUGCAAGUGGUAUGUGUGUAAUUAUGGCUAAAGACAAACCAUUAUUCAAUGAAUUACUAAUGACAGAUUUUAUGCUUUAUAAUGCAUGAAAGCAAUUUUAAAAUAACUAGCAGUUAAUCACAGCAUAUCAGGAAAAAGUACACAGUGAGUUCUGUUUAUUUUUUUGUAGGUUCAUUCUGUUUAUGUUCUUUAGGAUGUAUAUAAGAACCUACCUAUCAUACUGUAUGCAUCACUCGUUCCAUUUUCAUGUUUCAUGCAUACUCGGGCAUCAUGCUAAUAUGUAUCCUUUUAAGCACUCUCAAGGAAACAAAAGGGCCUUUUAUUUUUAUAAAGGUAAAAAAAAUUCCCCCAAAUAUUUUGCACUGAAUGUACCAAAGUUGAAGGGACAUUACAAUAUGACUAACAGCAACUCCAUCACUUGAGAAGUGUAAUAGAAAAUAGCUUCUAAAUCAAACUUCCUUCACAGUGCCGUGUCUACCACUACAAGGACUGUGCAUCUAAGUAAUAAUUUUUUAAGAUUCACUUUAUGUGAUAGUAUGAUAUGCAUUUAUUUAAAAUGCAUUAGACUCUCUUCCAUCCAUCGAAUACUUUACAGGAUGGCAUUUAAUACAGAUAUUUCGUAUUUCCCCCACUGCUUUUUAUUUGUACAGCAUCAUUAAACACUAAGCUCAGUUAAGGAGCCAUCAGCAACACUGAAGAGAUCAGUAAUAAGAAUUCCAUUUUCCCUCAUCAGUGAAGACAUCACAAAUUAAAACUCAGAACUAUAUUUCUAAGCCUGCAUUUUCACUGAUGUAUAAUUUUCUUAUUAAUAUUAAGAAACAAUUUUUCUAUGGUAUCUCCAAAACUGCAUGACAUCACUAGUCUUACUUCUGCUAAUUUUAUGGGAAGGUGUCCUUCAUUUUAAUUGCUUUUGGGGUUACUCCACAUCUGUUUAUUUCUUGACUAAUCAGAUUUUCAAUAGAGUGAAGUAAAAUUGGGGGUAAUAAAAGCAUUGGAUUAACAUAUGGUUUGCCAGCCUAUGGGUUUACAGACAUUGCCCAAACAUUUCUUUGAGAUCUAUAUUUAUAAGCAGCCAUGGAAUUCCUAUUUAUGGGAUGUUGGCAAUCUUACAUUUUAUAGAGGUCAUAUGCAUAGUUUUCAUAGGUGUUUUGUAAGAACUGAUUGCUCUCCUGUGAGUUAAGCUAUGUUUAUUAUUGGGACCCUCAAGAGGAAUACCACUUAUGUUACAUUCCUGCACUAAAGGCUUGUACUGCAGUGUGGGGAAAUGUUCUGAAAAAAGGUUAUAGAAAUCUGGAAAUAAGAAAGGAAGAGCUAUCUGUAUACUAUAAUUAGAAGAGAAAAAAAGAAAAAAUUUUGCCUGGAAAUGUUAGUUUGUACUUAUUGAUCAUGAAUACAAGUAUAUAUUUAAUUUUGCAAACUGUU